ACAGAGGCGUUCAUUCAAGUUACACAAAUGUAACUCCGCGCAUACGCAGUCUCUGAGCUCAGAGCGUGACACUUGUCGCGGGUCUUGGCUAUAUAAAUCCAAACUGCCGUCCUUUAUUUGAAGAACUCUUUAUACACAUAUCCUGAUCCAUCACUCGUGGAAGAGGAAGAGAGUUCUCAACAAAUACCUCAAAUCCAGGGACACAACGACUCAACUGAAGAUUUCGUUGAACCCCUGACAUGAAGCUCAAUUUACUCGUCACCACCGUGGUUCUGCUCAUUGCUUUCUUACCGCGCUAUGAGUGUAGGGCUAUCGAGAGCCCUAGCGCUGUCCAGCGCGCCACCGCUCCACAUCACGACGCGCAGCAACAGUCUCUUCCCCUCCUGACGCGACAAGGAGAGGAAUACUACAUCCGACUGGGCAACGGGAACCGCAACUCUGCUGCGCCCGCACCGAAAGGCAUGUACCCAGAGGGCUCCCCAGCGGUCUACAAUAGAGCCUUGCAGCUCCAGCUGACGCAGCGUCUUCUACAAGGCAAAGUUGGGAACAUCAGCCGAUUCGUCAGCGGCUUCGCGAACCAGCUCGACGACUCAAUGGAGAGGGGGAGGAGGUCCGAUGAUCCGCCGAUAUCUCUAGAUCUUACGUUCCACAUGCUCCGACAGAUGAUGGAGAUGUCCAGAGCUGAACAGUUACAGCAACAAGCCCAUAGCAACAGAAAAAUGAUGGAGAUCUUCGGGAAAUGAAAACUACAUCCAUCCAUCCGCCAAAGAUUCAUUUUUACAUUUAGCACAAAACACAAUAUUCUGUACCAUAGUGCUGCUUUUCCAUCUUUGUUUAUAAUUAUUUCUUUUAUAGCUUUAACUCCUGACGGUGGAGACUAAAUGGGCUUGUAGGCUACUUGUAAUUAUGAUUGUAGCCUAUAUCAUGCAAGAUAAAGUAUGUCCUAUGAAUUUGUAUUAUGCGAUUGUUGUUAAAGUUCUACGUCAAAACUGUAGAAUAUACACGAUUCUGUCUCUCUUUCUUUAAGAUAAGAACAUAUUUUUUGGUAGAUCUUAUAGGCUUAUGAAAUUAAGUUAUAUUGUAUGUUAUGUUAUUUAAGUUUGUUAAUAAACUUAUGAGCAACCAGUACAUUUUUGUUGUGCAAGAGAAUGUCUUAUACUUAUAUUUUUCAAUAAAAUCUGAAAAGUU